AUGCAUUAUAUGUUCAUGAUGACUUGUGAGGCUCAUGGUAAGCCAUCUCGCAGAUGUGAUCCCUAUUUGGAUAAGGCUAAGGAUUCGUGGAUCAUGAUGAGACAACGAUAUUGUCGGAGGGUUCUCAAUUUGAGGAAUGGGGAAGUGGUCAAAACGGGUCGUUUUCUUGUUUUUCUUUGCUUAUCAAUUUGUCUGCAAAUCCCAUUGGGUUCUUCCUUUACUCCCCCUCUUCAAGGAAAUCAGGAUAACAAAGAAUCUUCAGCUGCAAGAACCUUUAAGCAAGAGGAUGAUGCUCAUGUAGUGCAUUGUUCUAGAGAAAGGAGUAGAGCGGCAUGGAAAGUAAUCCAAGAGUAUUUGAUGCCCUCUGUGGAGCAAGAACGAUACAAGAUUUCAAGUGGAUGUAGACUUCACCCUGACAAUGAUUUGUACAGAGAUCAGGAACAGCACAAGCACCAUGUAGAUAUAAAUGAAUGGCGAUGCAGGUACUGUAGAAAGAAUUUCUAUGAAGAGAAGUAUCUGGAUAAGCAUUUUGACAACAGACAUUUUGAUUUGCUGAAUGCAAGUCAUGGUCGGUGUCUGGCUGAUCUGUGUGGCGCAUUACAUUGUGACCUUGUCAUGGAUUCUUCGCCCCACAAGACUAAGUGUAAUCCUGCUGCUGCAAGGAAUAAACAUCUUUGUGAGAGUCUUGCUGAUGGCUGUUUCCCGAUCAGCAAUGCUGUAUCGAGCCGUCUUCAUGAAUUCUUCUUGCGACAGUUCUGUGAUGCCCACACUUGCAGUGGAAGUCCAAAACCCUUUUCUAAAGGGCGAAAGAAGCGAAGAAGUAUACAUUACAUAAUUUUAUCGAUUUUGACGUUGAUGCUGCUGCCGCUUUUCUACUUCUUCAUUUACAUGUACCAAAGGGGAAUUAAAAGAGGGUCACAAGAACUGAAACGCAUCUCACUAAGCAGACGAAAGAAAAAGUCUGGGUAGACCUGCAAGGUUUCACCAAUCAUUAUGAGGGUUUUAGUCUAUAAACUUGGGCUUUAAUACUUGAAGAUCGAGACUUGAAAGUUUCGCCAUUUAUUUUUACUUUAUCAAGUUUUAUUGGAACAGUCCUGCAUUACCUACAUUCAUUGAUGUUGCUGUACAUGUAUUUUAAUCAUGCAAAUAUGGAGACAAUGCAAACCACCAUUAAUCAUGUCAAUAUUUUGAUCAGAAUAGGAUACUAGUGAACAUGUCAUGUUAACUGUGUU